CAGUAGUAGACGGUGUUUCUUAGCUCGUGGGUAUUGUACUGCUACCGAGUCGAAAAGAAAGAGAAUAAAGAACACUAACAAUAAUAGCUGUGGAAGAAUAAGGCACUAAAAAGGAGGCAGGCUGCUUUGCAUUUGAAAUCUGUACUCUUUUGAAAAAGCGUUGUUCUCCACUCGUGCAUGUUUAAAUCGGAGGAGUAUAUCAGAGCCGUGAGUCGGCCAGACUUUUAGUUUCUACGCGAGCGGCAAUACAUGAGAGAAGGCAUGAUUUUGAGACGGAGUUCAAUCUUUGCUGGCUUUCUCUUACUUGCAAUUUUGCUAUGCUUGCGAAUCAAGGUGUCUGAUGCAUCGGGACACUUUGAACUGCAGAUCGUAUCGAUGCAGAAUGUGAACGGUGAAUUGCAGAACGGAUUGUGUUGCGACGGAUCUCGGAAUUCAGCUGAUGGAAAAUGUACGCGGGAUGAAUGCGACACAUAUUUCAAAGUCUGCCUGAAGGAAUACCAGUCCAGGGUUUCGGCGGCGGGGCAUUGCAGUUUCGGCACUGGAACUACACCCGUGGUCGGAGGGAAUACCUUUACUUUGAAGAACAUCGUGAGAGCCGAAAAAUCCAGGAUUGUUUUGCCUUUCAGCUUUGCAUGGCCGAGGUCGUACACGCUGAUCGUGGAAGCACUCGACAUGAACAACGACACCAGCGCCAGCAGCUCGGUGGGAAAGGUGAUCGAGAAGGCCUUCCACUCCGGGAUGAUAAACCCGAACCGGCAGUGGCAGACGCUGAAGCACAACGGGCCGGUGGCCCAGUUCGAGUUCCAGAUCCGCGUCACCUGCGACGAGCACUACUACGGCUUCGGCUGCAACAAGUUCUGCCGCCCGCGCGACGAGUUCUUCGGCCACUACGCCUGCGACCACAACGGCAACAAGACCUGCCUGGACGGCUGGGCCGGCCCAGAUUGCAACACGGCGAUCUGUCGGCAGGGUUGCAGUACGGAGCACGGAUCCUGUAAACAGCCCGGAGACUGCAAGUGUCUGUACGGCUGGCAGGGGGAGUACUGCGAUAAGUGCAUUCCCCACCCGGGCUGCGUGCACGGAACCUGUGGGGAACCCUGGCAGUGCCUCUGCGACACCAACUGGGGGGGCCAGCUCUGCAACAAAGAUCUGAACUACUGUGGGACCCGGCAGCCCUGCCUGAACGGAGGAACCUGCAGCAACACCGGACCGGACAAGUACCAGUGCUCCUGCCCCGAGGGCUACUCAGGGGUCGACUGCGAGAGGGCCGAGCACGCCUGUCUGUCGGACCCCUGCUCCAACGGGGGCUGUGUGGAGACCAGCCAGGGGUUCGAGUGCCAGUGCGCUGCCGGGUGGAGUGGCCCGGCCUGCACCAUCAAUGUGGAUGACUGUGAGCCCAACCCCUGCAGCCACGCGGGGACCUGUCAGGACCUGGUCAACGGCUUCAAGUGCAGCUGCCCCCCCCAGUGGACCGGGAGGACCUGCCUCAUCGACGCCAACGAGUGCGAGGGCCGGCCCUGCGUGAACGCCAACUCCUGCCGCAACCUGAUUGGAGGAUACUUCUGCAACUGCAUGCCGGGCUGGACGGGGCAGAACUGCGACAUCAAUGUGAACGAGUGCCAGGGCCAGUGUCUGACGGCGGAACGUGCGGGUAGGGACCUGGUUAAUGGUUACCCGCUGUGUCUGUGCCCCGGGCUUCGCGGUGAACACUGUGAGCGGGACGUGGAUGAGUGCGCUAGCCCCUGUCUGAACGGAGGCCGCUGUCUGGACCAGGUCAACGGAUUCCAGUGCCUGUGUCUGGCCGGUUUCCUCCGGGAACCUCUGUCACUGGACAUCGACUACUGCGAGCCCAACCCGUGUCAGAACGUGGCGCAGUGCUUCAUCGCCACCGACUACUUCUGCAAGUGCCCCGAGGACUACGAGGGCAGAAACUGCGCGCACCUGAAAGACCACUGCCGCACCACGCCCUGCCAGGUGAUUGACAGCUGCACGGUUGCCGUGGCGUCGAACAGCACCCCCGAGGGCGUGCGCUACAUCUCGUCCAAUGUCUGCGGCCCCCACGGGCGCUGCAAGAGCCAGGCGGGCGGCCAGUUCACCUGCGUCUGCCAGGAGGGCUUCAUCGGGACCUACUGCCACGAGAACAUCAACGACUGUGAGAGUAACCCCUGCAGGAAUGGAGGCACCUGCAUCGACAAAGUGGGCGUGUACCAGUGCAUCUGUGGGGACGGCUGGGAGGGGCUUCACUGUGAGACCAACAUCGAUGACUGCAGCACCGGCCCGUGUCAUAACGGCGGGACGUGUAGAGACCUGGUGAACGACUUCUACUGCGAGUGCGUCAGCCCCUGGAAGGGCAAGACCUGCCACUCCCGGGAGAGCCAAUGCGACGCGGCGACCUGCAAGAACGCCGGGACGUGCUACGACGAGGUGGACACCUUCAAGUGCACCUGCCCCCCGGGGUGGGAGGGGGCCACCUGCAACAUCGCCAAGAACAGCAGCUGCCUGCCGAACCCGUGCGAGAACGGGGGCACCUGUGUGGUCAGCGGGGACUCCUUUACCUGCGUCUGCAAGGAGGGCUGGGAGGGCACCACCUGCAACCAGAAUACCAAUGACUGCAACCCGCACCCCUGCUACAACAGUGGGACGUGUGUGGACGGCGAUAACUGGUACCGCUGUGAAUGCGCGGCGGGUUUCGCCGGGCCGGACUGCCGGAUCAAUAUUAACGAGUGCCAGUCGUCCCCCUGCGCGUUCGGGGCCUCCUGCGUGGACGAAAUCAACGGGUACCGCUGCCUCUGCCCCCCUGGGAGGGCGGGGCCCAGGUGCCAGGAAGUGACGGGGCGACCCUGCAUCGCUGGCGGGCACGUGGCGGCUGACGGGAGCCGGUGGGAGGAGGACUGCAACACCUGCCAGUGCCACAACGGCAAGACCACCUGCACCAAGAUGUGGUGUGGGCCGCGCUCCUGCAGGGUGCACAGUAAGGGGCGGGGCGAGUGCCCCUCCGGCCAGUCCUGCGCCCCUCUGAAGGACGAGGCCUGCUUCGUCAGGCCCUGCGUGGGCCUGGGGGAGUGCUGGCCCUCCCGCCCGCCCCCCGGCCCGACCAAAUGUCACCCGGGAUCCGAUUUCCUGGAGAGCAGCUGCGCCAACAUCACGUUCACCUUCAACAAGGAGAUCAUGACCCCCGGCGUGACGGUGGAGCACAUCUGUGCGGAGCUGAGGAACCUGUACGUGGUGAGGAACCUGUCGUCCGAACACACUGUGGCCAUGACCUGCGACCCCUCGCCCACCGCCAACAACGAGAUCCACGUCACCAUCUCGACGGAAGACCUGAGGCCAGACCGAACGCCCAUCAAAGAGAUCACGGACAAGUUCGUCGACCUCGUCAGCAAGAACAACGGCAGCAACGCCAUCAUCACCGCCAUCGUGGAGGUCCGCGUGCAACGGAGACACACCCCGCCCUCCACCGCGGACUACCUGGUGCCCCUCCUGAGCUCCGUGUUCAUCGUGGUCUGGAUCCUGGCGCUGGCCUCCGCCUUCCUGUGGUGCGUGCGUCGCCGACGGAAGCACAGCAGCCAAGGCAACGGCAACGCCGCGGCGACGGAGGACAACACCACCAACAACGUGCGCGAGCAGCUGAACCAGAUCAAGAACCCCAUCGAGAAGCUGCCGGCGCACGCCAACGCCAACGCCAACACGGGCCCCGCCGCCAAGGACUACGAGGACAAGAACUCCCUCAUCGCCAAAAUUAGGACAAACAACUCGGACGUGGCGGCGGUGGCGGCAUCGACCGCCACGACGACGGCGACGACGGCGGCCGCCGCGGCGGAGGACGAGGAGGAGGACGAGGAGGAAGAGGCGGAGAAGCGGCUGCAGAAGGCGAGGUUCGCCAAGCAGCCGGCCUACACCCUGGUGGACCGGGAGGACAAAGCGCCCAACGGCACGCCCAGCAAACACCCCAACUGGACAAACAAACAGGACAACAGGGACCUGGAGACGGCGCAGAGUCUCAACCGCAUGGAGUACAUUGUAUAGUCGGGGGACGGGGGACGCGUUGCCGAGCAACCUCGCCCACUUCCUGGAGGUGGGGGGCGGAGGUAGGGCGGGGUGGGCCGGGAGAGGGGCGGGGUCUCUCCGAGUUUGUAGUUCUUAAAACUUUGUUGCGUCAUAUUUUUUUUGACUCUCUAAGGUUUUUCUUUUUUUUUUUCUUUUUUUUUUUUUUUUUUUUUUUUUUUGCAUAGAAAUCCCUGUGUUAAUUUAAGUUUUGACAAGCUGGCUUACACUGGCAAAGAUCGUUGCUGUGGUUGGCUGGGACGGAUCGACUGCUGCAUUUUUCACGUCUAUGCAAAACUAGCUUUGAGCGCCCCCCCCAUUUUUUUCCUUUUGUUCACAAAUCAAGACUCGAAAAAAACACGGUGGAUAAGUACACACGCGGUGGGUUUUUAGUAUUAAGCUCGUUUUCGCUUUCCACCCCCCCUUUGUGCGAAGUGACUGCGAAUGGUCCAAAGCAUUUUUUUAUUUUGAUUUUUUUUCAAUUGUUAAAAAAGAGAAAGUGACAACAAAAAACCCUAAAUAUGGUUUUGAAUUCACAAUUUAUGUGGGCUCUAUAUGGCGGGUGAACAACUAGUUCUGUAUUCGAAAGUAUCUUUGCAGCUCCAUACCACAGCAACCAUCUCAAAGUUUAUUAUUUAUUAUUUUU